AUGUUCGGACGAGUUCCAUCGACGGAUUGCAAUCACUCGAGCACUGGGAUCUGUCCGAAGUAAGUCUUUCACAUUUUUUUUUGUAUUUUAGGUAUCACUUAUAUUGUAUUUUACAUCUGGAAAUCUUUUGGCGAAAGUUACGUUUUCUUUUAGAUGUAACUUGGAGCGAACAUACAACCUAAACUCGACGUCAAAGGCGUUCCCCAUCAAAAAUGAUCGUUUUAUUGUGACGAAUCACUCACAAUCGCCUAAAACAACACCAAUCCUCGAUGUUUUCGACCUCCACUCCAACUCUGGGAGUUUUUCUGGACAUAAUACGUACCUCCCCGACUUCAAGGAGGAAGAUAAGGUAGAUUUUUGUUUUUUUUUGUGAUUUUAGGUAUGAAGUGACUUAAAAUUAUAAUAUUUGUGAUUAAAACGGAGAUCGAGGUAUAAAAAGGUUGUGAGGAACGCUGCGAGCCGCUAGAUCAUCGUGCCUUUUGCUUUAUUAAUUGGGCUGACUAAUUCCUUGGUUUUUUGUUAUCAUAUUCACAAAUCAGGGAGGUGGAGACGAAGAAAAAACUCGUCUCCCACUCCAAACUUUUGAGGAAUUCCGAAUAUUUUUAGUCUGGGGAUCUUCUUCGUUUUUGAUUCUUUUGGUUAUUCCCUUCUCAUACGUUUUGUUAUCGGUCGAUUUUGUUUUGACUUUUGGUAAUUCUUUGUUAUUUUUCAGAUUUUGGGGGAAUUAUGAGGUAAAACAAGGUGUAGCGCAUAGAUUGUUAUCUUUUUUUCUGAAUGGAAAUGUGUUUCUUUAUGUGAAAAUUGUUUUGAAUGAUUAUCUUCGAAGGUCGAUACGUUUUUACAUUGUUUUAGGUGUUUUUUAUAUUAUUUUUAACGUUUUGAUUGAUGUGUUUGCAGGCUGACACUUCGAGUCGAAGCUUUUCGACCAGUUCAAACUCCGAGGUGGGCUCUAAAAGCAUAUCAGUGCAGAAGUCGCGGACUCUGUCUACGGCUUCGUCGUCGGAGUCGGAUCAAAUCUUUAUGCCUUCGGAAGUUCUGGAUGGAACCAUUGAAGAACAAGUGGAAGUUGCAAGUAGAGUAACCUCGAAAGGACAGCAGAAGUAUGAGAAAAGUGUGGAGUCGACAGUAGGAGUGAGGGGGAGCGAUCAGGCGAUUAAUGGCACUAGAAGGUCAAGUACAAGUUCAAAGAUCCCUGAAAAUAGCUUGGAAAUUCACGAAAAUGGAAACAAGAAGAUUCUAAACGGAACGAAAGAGCCGGCUGAGAGUUCGGACGACGGAUUCGAGGCUAAAGAAGAGAUUGGAAUCGAGUUUUCUCCAAAAAUUGAACGCCAAACAUCGGCAAAUGGAUCGGAAAGUGGGAUUGGGACGUUAGAAAGUGGAACCGCAAAUGUGGAAGACGAGGAAGAGGACGAGACUUACACUUCCUUUGAUGCCCUCCAAAAACAACUUGAUCUUGAUGGAGAAGUCGAGGAAAAGGCGGGUUUUUUAUAUUGUGGUAGACAUCUGAUAUUAUAUCGAAUUCUGACAGGCGAAACUGUUUUUUUAUAUGGCCGAACCUCUUGAUUAUUCAUGAAUUGGCUCUGCGGAAGACGUUUCCGACUUUCUGCUCCGAUAAUAAAUCAUGUUUCAGGAUCAGGAAUGCUCCAAAAAUUUGCCUCAAGGUCUUAUUCGGCUGUUCGAAUCCAGUUAUUUCAACAUGGAAAUUGCUCUACAAUAUUUGUAUAAGAAUGAGAGCAUAGAUGUGAUCAUGUAUUUGGGUAUGUCUUUCAAUUUUAUGUUGCUUUUUGAUUUUAGGUAUAGAUGAAGACGAAAGUCAAGAAUAACAUAAUUUACUUGAUGGUUGAUUAUCCAUACCCAUUUUUAGGAAAGGUUUUGCACCGAUUCCCAAACUCUGAAGUGGAUUUCUUCAUCCCCCAACUGAUUUCCAUGUACAUCAACAUGAAUCCAGUUGCUUCGGCCAUCCAUAAUUAUGUAAUAGAACGGUGUAAAACCUCAAUGGAGUUCUCGCUGGAGUGCUUUUGGCUUCUGGAUGCAUACGGAGUGGAUCAGUACAAGACUCAUCAUAAAAAAGCUCAAGGAUUCUUCCUCAAGGAAACGAUUAUCAACGAAUAUAUGAAGAGCCAUCGAAUUCAUCUAAUGAAAAGCCCCGCGGCAUCGGCGGCACUUCAUCAUAGGUCACAGAGUGAUGCUCGUGAGUUUCAAAUAGAGAUUGUGGGUUUUUGGAAUUAGGAUUUGGGUUUCUAAAAUGGUUCGAAAAUUAAAUAUUUUGCACUGGAUAUAAGAAAACGCAAUUUUUUGGAAAAUUUUUACACUUCUUUAAAUAUCUUACUGUAUAAUGUGACAGAAGCAAGGAGUAUCUAUCAGAUUUACCCAAAUUCCAGGACUUUCCGAGGAUUCCCCACCACCUAUGAUCGAAGAACCACAGCCAAGACAGAUGAAUGGAGUAGAUAAUGGGUAUCAUAUGAGGAGAACAGAGAGCACAAGGAGUGUCCGCAGCAUGUAUCAAGGCUCCGCGAUGGCCGAUUUGAGUAGUGGUGAGUAGCAUUUACAUUGAAUUUGAUUUUUCGAUGUUUAGGAAGGGCCUUUGACUCCCGAUGCCGCUGUCUUCAAGCCUCAAAUUCGUCAAUCCCUGAUGUUGCGUGUUCAUGUGGAGCGGAUCAAAAGACCCGACCGGAAAUGGCCUUUGUGGACUCGCUAAUAGCCAUUGGAAAUCGUCUCAAAGACAUCCCAACGAAGGAGGAUAAAUCCAAAAGAUUGGUCUAUGAAUUGUUCUUGUUGAAUCUGAAUCUGCCCGCGAGAGUUUGGCUGCCUCUGUAUGGAACCAACCAUUUUAUCGUCAGGAUUCCGUAUGGAGAAGGAUGUGUCCUCAACAGUAAAGACAAGGCGCCCUACUGCAUCUAUUGUGAAGUUAUUGAGAUCUCCAAUAUUGAGGAUGUAGAAUUACCGCAGAAAAAGGUCGAAUUAGAGGGAGAAGUAAGUCGAUUUAAAUGUGUGGUGGGUGUUAUGACUUGUUCGUUAAGUUUGGAGUAUAAUUUUUGGUUGAAUUUCAGUUCCAUCGUACAAUGCGAACCAAUUCCGCCAGCUCCAUGUAUAAUAUUGGAUCGCCCAAUAACGCCCAUCUAGCCAGUUCGUUUGCCCUUCCAACUCUCAGCCCAGUCGAGGAAGGAGCGGCAGCGAGAAUGGAGAAGCCAAUAGACGCAUUGGACCCCAGGUCCCCAGUGGUUCAAAUGGUUGCACCGACAAUAACAGAACCAGAACAGCAAGACGAUGAUGUGGUAAGUUGAAUUUAGAGGUUUGGAUAUUUAGAAGAAAUUGAAGAUGACAGUUUAUGAGGUUUGAUUACUUUUAGUUAACUCAAUUUGACAAAAUCAUCGAUGAAUCGCUGUCCGUGGCCGACUCUGAUGACUUAUCGUCCCAAUUCUCGGCCGACGCUGAAUUCAGAGAAGAACCGUUGUCGAAAUUUGAAAAGAUCCGGAAUCGACUAGCAGCACUCAAAAGGAGAAGGCGGCAGAGGGUAAGAAUACCAAAAAAAUUAUAGUAUUUUAGGUGUUAAUCAAGUGUAAUAUUAUAUAAUUUUUCUUAAAUUAGUUUUGUAUUUGCUAAAAUGAAUGAUUUUAGAUAGCCCACAGCCCUGAUGACCCCUCAGCGUCGGCAAUGAGUGAGCCCUGGGAGGAGAAACAAGCCAGGAUACGACAGUCCUCGCCUUAUGGAGAUCUCGAGGGAUGGAAGUUAACGCCUGUGAUUAUCAAGACGGGCGAUGACCUGAGACAAGAACUACUCGCAUAUCAACUACUAACAACGUUACAGGUAAGUAAUUUUUUCUUUUCUGGAUUCGUUUUUUAGAAUAUCUGGAGAGAUGAGAACGUUCCUUUAUAUCUUCGACCCUAUAAAAUACUGGUAUGUUCGGCUGAUUCGGGUAUGAUAGAGCCGAUCCCCAACGCCUGCUCCCUCCAUCAGAUCAAAAAGAAUUUGUCGUCGAAGCCGUCCCUGGACGAUGCAGCUCAACCUUAUUCCCCUACGUUGUUAUCGCAUUUCCUCAUAAAUUACGGGUCCAGGCUCAGCGAAAGUUUUCAACAAGCACAACAGAACUUUGUUAGGAGCUGUGCUGCCUACUCGUUGGCGUGCUACUUCUUGCAGGUGGGUUUUGAUUUGAUUUGGGAUAUUUGAGCCAUGGAAAAUGCUUCAAAUAUGCGGAUUUUGGUUUUAAUGGGACACGUUAUUGCCGAAUUGUUGUUUUGUCAUUGGAUUGGUGGCAUUUGUUAUGUACAGGGUGGCCCAAAAAAAUGGAAACUCAUAUUUAUAGUCAUAUUUCAGUUAACUAUCCAAAUUUAGCCAAAGUAAUGAUUAAUAUCAGUAACAUGGAACAUUGUUAAUAACAUGUUCGACCAUUUUCGAAAUAUCUGCCGUUGGCGGCGAUAUAGAGCGCCAAACGUGACUUUAAAUUUUGGGCGGUACGCCGCAGCUUUUUUUCGGGAAAUCGGUCCCGUUCUUGGCUCAGCGAUUAUUUAGCGGUCCCAAACUUUUGUGACGUAUAGUACAGGCGUUCGCCUCUAAUUGAAAAAAAAAAUUUAGUUUGUACGAUCUAGAUCCGGCGAAUAGGCGGCAAUUUUGCAGACGUAGCAAAAUCAGCCGAUUCCUGGCCUCGUGCGCUUUUUGCUUUCUCGGCCGGGGCGGAAUCUUAUGAGAACGUUAAUUUUCUAUCCAUAAAUUGCUACUGAGCCCGCGGAAGCACCACUACCACCAGAAUACCGAUGGUUGACGUUUCGGUAGGUUUUGACAUCUUUAACCACGAAAACCGGGGAUAUCUUGCCUCUGGCGCAAAAUCUUGCCCCAGGCCAUGACGGAAGAGGUUUUGACAGGGUUCGAAGAUGGCGGGUGCUUGAUGACGCUCAACAGUCUAACUCCUGUCAUUCUGGCGUUUGUGGACCUGCUCAAUGUUGAGCUACGUCUCAUCCAUGAACAGGAUCUCUUCUCAUCGCCGAGCAGCGGCGCGGCGCCUGAGUUUUUGACGUCUUUUGAGCCGUACUAACUUGUGGUCUUCCGCAGGGCGCUGAACUUUUUGGAGCCUAUAAGGCUUGAGCUGUUGUACAUUUUAGGCCAUUUGGCAGAUAGCUGUUAUGUUGAUAACGGUCUCUCGCGCAAUAUUUUUCAUGGACACCAUCAGAUUUUGCUUCACUCGCUUUUUGAUGACCUCAAGGUUGGCAGAAGCAUUCAAGGUGCACUUUUUUCGACUUCCCGAACGCGUACCAUUGCGAACUAUUCCGUUGAGUUGUUUGGUGGCUUUUGGCAUGACCGUUUUUGCUACACCGAGCAAUUUAUCAACCUCACACGGUCCUUUUUCUUGCCGAAACAGGUCGGAAAUCGAGGUCCCUUUGUUUGACAUUCAUAAAAAACAUGUUAACCAAGCGAUAUGGGUAUGAAAAUAAAACACCUAGGGCUAAAAAAUACGGAGAAUUUAACGAUGGAAAAAUUAUUUGUCUGCACCUCAAGGUUUUCGCGGCAGGACCCAUGGAAAAAAGUUUCCAUUUUUUUGGGCCACCCUGUAAUCAGCGUAUAAUUUCAGGUCAAAGAUCGCCACAACGGCAACAUUCUCCUUGAUUCUGAAGGCCAUCUUAUCCAUAUAGAUUUUGGAUAUAUCUUGUCGAUAUCCCCCAAGAACCUGGGAUUUGAAACCUCUCCAUUCAAACUGACUCAAGAAUUGAUCGAUGUAAUGGGCGGAGCCAACUCGGAGAUGUUUGCGGGAUAUAAAGAACUCAUCUUUAAUGGAAUGGUGGCUGCCAGGAAACACUCGGAAAGAAUCAUCAGCAUCGUUGAAGUCAUGAGUAAUGGUGAGUAAAGGGAUGUUUAGAGGCUGAGAGAAGGGUCUUAUGAUAGUUGGAGCCGAGUUUUAUAUUGUACUUGACAUUAAUUUGCAGGCUCGCAACUCCCGUGCUUCCGAGGUGGACAGAACGUCCUCCGAUUGCUCAGAGAGCGCUUCCAUCUCGGCUACACGGAACAACAACUCCGUCAGAUGGUGAAUCAACUGGUAGAACAGUCUCGCGACUCCCUAACAACUCGGCUAUACGAUAACUUCCAAUAUUACACUAAUGGAAUCUUCUGA